AUGGACCCAAUUCAGGAAUAUCUGAAACUUGAAACCCGCCGCCAAUUCUUUGGUAAAUGUGCGUCAGGUCUCGGCGGUAUGGCACUCGCCUCACUGCUGCCGAAUGCCGUUGUCAAUGCACUCGAAAGUCAAGCGAAACCGAGAUUUGGCGGUUUACCAGAACUACCGCACUUUGCACCGAAAGCAAAACGUGCCAUCUACUUAUUCAUGUCCGGCGCACCGUCCCAACUGGAUCUCUACGACUACAAACCGAAUAUGGGGAAAUGGUUCGACACGGAUCUCCCAGAAUCCGUCCGGAUGGGUCAACGCCUCACAACAAUGACAUCAGGACAGGAUAGCUUCCCGAUCGCACCCUCCAUAUUUGAAUUCAAGAAGUAUGAUAACGGUGGCGACGGCGCAUGGAUUAGCGAACUGCUACCACACACCGGAUCAGUGGCGGAAGACCUUGCGAUUAUCAAAACGGUACACACUGACGCGAUUAACCACGAUCCUGCUAUCACCUUCUUCUGUACCGGUGAUGAAAGCCCCGGCAAACCGAGUCUUGGUGCUUGGUUGAGUUAUGGACUCGGUAGUGAAAACAGAAAUUUGCCUUCUUUCAUUGUGAUGAACGCUACAUGGAGCGGUCCGAAGGGCGCGCAGGCACUCUAUAAUCGACUUUGGGGCUCCGGUUUCCUCCCAUCGGAACAUCAAGGCGUGCUACUUCGCAGCCAAGGCGACCCUGUCCUAUUCCUCUCGAACCCGGAAGGGGUCAAUGAAAAGACAAGGAAACAGAUGUUAGAUACCCUCGUUGAACUCAACCAAGAACUCUACGAGGAAGUAGGCGAUCCCGAAACGCAUGCCCGUAUCUCACAGUAUGAAAUGGCAUUUCGGAUGCAGACGAGCGUCCCUGAACUUACGGAUUUGUCUCAGGAACCUGAGCAUGUUUUAGAAAUGUAUGGACCCGAGGUCAAAACCCCUGGCACAUUCGCCAAUUGCUGUAUUCUCGCACGCCGGAUGAUGGAGCGCGAUGUCCGUCUCGUUCAAGUUUUCCACCGUGGCUGGGAUCAGCACGGGGAGCUACCCAAGAACAUCCGCAAUCAGGCUCGCGAUAUCGAUCAGCCCUCGGCUGCACUUGUCAAAGAUUUGAAACAACGCGGUAUGCUGGACGAAACCUUAGUCGCUUGGGGCGGUGAAUUCGGACGAACCGUUUAUUGCCAAGGCAAACUCAGUCCGGAUAACUAUGGGCGUGACCAUCAUCCGAAAUGCUUUACACGUUGGAUGGCUGGCGGUGGCAUAAAGGGUGGUAUCGUUCAUGGCGAAACCGAUGAGUUUAGCUACAAUAUCGUCAAAGAUCCUGUCUCUGCUCGGGACAUAAAUGCUACGAUUCUCCACCUGCUCGGCAUCGACCACAAGCGGUUAACCUUUAAGUUCCAAGGGCUUGACCAUCGAUUAACAGGCGUUCAGGAAGAAGCGCGCAUUGUCAGCGAGCUCUUGGCAUAA